UCAGCAACCGCCGCAGUCUCCGGCUCCCUGUGUGGGAGCUUAAGGGUUCAUGGGGAGCCUUCCCAUGUGCAACUGCCGCGCGGGGCAGCAACCUGAUCAGUGGACUGAAGUUCGAGUUGAUGAUCUAGAGACCAAACGCCUCGAGACAGCUCGAAAGCUAUUUGAGCUGGCUGACUUGAAUGGCGAUGGGCUGCUCAGCGUCGAUGAAUUUUCAGAGAUGGGUCUGAAUCAGACGAAGGUCCAUGCGGAGAAGCAGCUGACACCCGGAGACGAGCAACUCAUCAAAGAUGAAUUUGUUCAGAAGUAUCAGCGUGAGCUCGAUUCGUCACUGCGUCCGGUGACCUGUGACGAGUACCAGGAAUAUAUUCUGCGGUUUGCGAAUAGAAUCGACCCUGGUGACUUCAAGGCACAGUCAAUGAUGCUGGAGGGUUUCUUGGUGGAGGCAACCAUCGCUCGAUGCAUAGCUGUUGAGGAAGCAUCGGCGUUGCCAACCAUCCUCACAAGUGAAUUGGGCAGAGAAUGGGGAAAGACUCAAUGGCCACAGGAGCCCCUUGACAAUGCGGACUGCGGGGGUGUCACACCAUCACAAACGUGAUGUUUUUGCAGCUGAAAGUGAAAGUGUCUGAAAA